UUUCCCCUUCAAUUUAAAGGUAAUUUUGUAUGCGGGCAAAAUAACUUAAAAUGCCGUGACUGAACUCCCUUCGGCUAACAGCACAAAUACCGAUUCAUCCGUUUUAAAAUAUGGCCGAGCUGAUGAACAGUAUCUAUUUGUCAGUUUGAUGAUAUUUGUAUGUGUUUUAUGGCGAGCAAUAACUCUUGCAAGUAGGAUUUCUUUCAAGUAACGUUACUUCGGCAAAGUAAAUAAAGCUUCUGAAUACAUACAUUUUCCGGAUAUGAAUUAUUCUAAGUACACGUUGAAAAAUUCUUCUGAGGAAUUAAAUUCCGUUACUAAGAAACAACCAAAAUUAAAGCUCAAUUUUAUUUCUACGUCUUUGCUUUUAACAUCUAUACAAAACCCACCGCCGUUUAGAAGCUUAUCUGUUGUUAGGAAGAGGAAUACGCAAUUAUUGGCUAUUGAAACAGAACGUCAACUACUUUGGCAAAACAGAGAGACUUUCGUGAAAAGCCUCGGGAAAGUCAUAUAUCCGAGCAUUGCGUGAAAUUCGCUAAUUCUUAUCUUCGAGGCAGUUAAAAUGCAGCUUCGUAACAGUUCAUGAUAUCUCACCACCGAUUUUACCGAGAAUACAAUAUUCUUGGUCAUUGAGAAGGAGUCUUUCAAAUUUAGCGCAACAGUUAGUUCAUCGCAAGAGUUAAAGAAGCCACUCAUCGCUGGAACAAGAUAAUCAUCAACAUGGUUCUGAAAAGAUCGAGUCGCAGUGUCUUCGGCCGCGUAAUAGUUUGGACGCUUUUCGGUUCUGCGGGAAUAAUCAUCGUUUUUAACAUGGUUUUCGUUCUUCAAACCGCUACUGAACUGGCCAUAUUAAAAAAUGCAGGACCAGAUAAAACGACAUUCCCGUCACUUUUCAAGGAGAAAAGAGCUCAGUAUGAACCGACAUCCGAAGAAACAAAGUUCUUGGAAUUAGAAGUAUACUCCAGUAAGGAAAAUGUAACGCUCACAAUAAAUGGAAAAAGGAGGUGGGAUACAUCUGAAAUGUUAAUAAGAGGACUAAACGUGGUGGUCUUGAAUGAAGUAACAGGUGCCGUGAUGUCGAGCAGAUGGUACGAUACUUAUGAAUCUGCAGCGGACAGCGGUCUGCUUGUGAAAUAUCUAAAAGGUCUGAGACAAGGAAGAAUCGUAUGUUUCGCUGUGAAGGAUGACGCUGCAGCUCGGCUGUCUGAGGAAGCCGUCAGUUAUCUGUCAAGUUACGGCAGUUCUUUUGUAAAACAACUCCAGUUCCGCUCUACUUGGGCAUUUAUUGUGUCAGGAACGCGGAACAAUCAACGCAUUGUUCACGCGGAGAGCUUUCAGAACCCAGCUACACAUGGCAAAUGGGCGAAUCCUGUUACGAUACGCACACUUAUUAAACUUCUUCCUGAGAAUGUCGUCGAAUGUAGCUGGGAAGACACGAUAGCGAACAGGAGGAGGAGAGAGUUCUGUGACAAGUACGAGGGUUAUGGCGAUGUUUGUAGAUGUGAAGAUCCAGUAUCUAUAGAACUCAACCCACCACCUUUUCUAGAUGGAAGCCGCUUUCAACUCCCAAUAGCGGUUAUGGCGAGUAACAGACCGAGUUACCUACUGCGCAUGCUUCUAGGUCUGCAAAAGGUUGAAGGACUGGACCCGAGUAUGAUUACUGUCUUUAUUGAUGGUUUCUGGCCUGAGCCGGCCUCGGUUACCAGGCUCCUUGGAGUCAAACUUGAACAGCAUGCUGGUGUUAGCCGGCUCAACGCCAGAAUUGGUCAGCACUACAAGAAAUCUAUUAUUGAUUUAUUUGACCAGCAUCCCGAUGCUAACUUCUUAUUACUUCUGGAGGAAGAUCUCGAUGUGUCCGUAGAUAUUCUCAGCUACUUCAAACAGCUUCUGCCGGUCUAUGAAAACGACGAAAGUGUCUAUUGUAUAUCAGCUUGGAACGAUCAGGUAAAAAUGAAACCGUUUGACCUGUUAAUGCAAUAUAGAGGAUUCAGUGAUCUGUUGUUAAUCCUGGACCUGUACUNGCAAAUAAUUUAUUGUCUGAAUUCUUUCAGGGUGUUGAGUCGCAAGCUGUUUAAAAAUGAACUAGAGGCGAAAUGGCCGAAACCAGAUGAAUUUAUUGACUGGGACAUGUGGAUGAGAGCUUCAUUCAACAGAAAGGGUCGCGAAUGUAUUAUACCGGAUAUCUCUCGUACUUAUCACUUUGGAGGCAAGGGGCUCAAUGUCGGUGGUGUCAUGCAAGCCCUCUACUUUGAGAAACACACCCUUAACACAGACCCGCACGUUAAACUGGACGUGGAAAAGAUGUACAAAGACAACUACGAGAAGGAAAUCGAAAACCUUCUUAGGUGAGUCGAGAGGGACUGGAAAACAGAGUAGCGCACUAGAUUGUCUGGGAUUGUUUUAGUAGUGUCUAAGUUGGCGUAUGGUGGGUUAGUGGUAGACCAUGUGACUUUUGAGGUGUGUGGGUGACUUGGCCGCCACAGGCACAAUUGUUUUCAACCCUUUUACGCACUAGGAAACAUUUUUUCGGGACGUGUGUUUGCAUGUGUUUUUCUUUCCAGCAGUGGUCUUGUGCAUCAGUUGUUUUUUUUGGUACAAGAAUGCUUGCAAGCUGUUAAAUUCCAAAAACACUCACCAAAAUAAAUAAAAUCCCACUCAAAAAUCCCAGGGAUUUUAGCAGAAUAAUAUGUGAAUCUGGGUUACAUGCCUUAUAUGCAAAAUGAACUUCUUCCUCACUCAGUGCGAGGGUCGGACUAGGGAAUAAAAUAUUGGCCCGAGGUCGUUUGUGUUCUGACCGAGCGCAGCGAGGCUC